CUGAUUAGCCUACAUGAUAGUCUUGCGCAGAUUCAUCCGUACGCGAAGAUGGCUUGGAGCCUGCUAUCUGCCAUACCUCAUGUGUGUGACGAAUCUAUCCAAGGACUAGUCGAGACGCUUUGUAACACUUUCGCCUUCAUAGAGGAAGUGCAACCACUGAGUCGCGUGCGCUCGGCCGAGCUGCAUAUAUCUUAUCUGGUAAAACAGACAUUGGACUGCGCCUACUUCCUACGAGCUUUCACCAAGAUUCCAGGCUUCUGGACCCGAGCUGUGAAGAACCGAUUCACCGACAUUGAUAGCAAGAUUGCUGCAUACCAAAUGGCUUUUUCGGAGCUCAGGAGUCGAAUGGCGACAUCUUCCACGAUUCGUACGGAAAUUACGGUCAAUCGGGUACUAGGGGUUGUGGAUAUCGCGGAACAUAUCGCUACGGACAUGUCCUUGAGCACGCUGCCGUACGCCAAGGAUGCAGGUUACAAUAGCACCAAGCGGUGUCACCCCGAUACUCGAACGGUACUUCUGGACGACAUAUGUUCAUGGAUCAACGACGACGAGUCCUCCCAAUCAAUCUAUCUCCUUCUCGGCCAGGCUGGAAGCGGAAAGUCGGCCGUUGCCCAUUCCAUCGCAGCGCGCUUCAAGGACAUGGGGCGCCUAGGCUCCGUGUUCUGCUUCAAUCGCUCGUUUCCGGAACGUACAUGCGCACUGAUGUUUCCUACUAUCGCCCGUAAUCUUGCCGCCAUCGACCCUCAGAUCAGGAAUGCGUUGUCAAGGGUCAUCUCGUUACGUCCCUCUGACGUUACGUCAACGGACAUUGAGACGCAGUUUGAGAGCCUCGUUUUGCUCCCCACGCAGCAAAUUACUCUCUCCGGCCCCAUCGUCAUCGUGAUUGACGCCCUCGACGAGAGCGGGACCAGCGGCUCCGAAGAUCGGCGGUCGCUACUCUCCGUCCUUGCAAAUAGAACCGUGUCUCUCCCUCGUAACCUCCGUAUCAUAGUGACCGCCCGACCAGAGGACGACAUUCAUACGCGCCUCGUCAAUCGGCCGCACAUUCGUUGCAAGAGUAUGGGCAGGGAACUGUAUGAAUCGACUCGCAUCGACAUAUAUAGGUACAUCAGAAGUACACUGCAAGAUCUCCGAGACGACUUCGACGACUACGAAUCUCUCUGUUGGCGGCUCGCCGAGCUGUCCGAGGGGCUGUUCCAAUUCGCCUUUACCGUUUGUACGGCCCUGACAGAUGACUCCUCAGCUGGCACGACGGGAGAGGAACGGAUGGACUCGUUAUUUCCACACGCAAAGACGCCCACGGGAACUAGCACGUAUCUCCUGGACGACUUGUACACUCGGGUUUUGGCGUCCAUCUUCAACGCCUAUAACGAGAAGGUGAUGCGGCGUUAUAGAUCCGUUAUGCAGAGCGUCUUAGCGGCUCGGGAGCCCCUUUCUAUCCAGGAUCUCACUACCAUCCUUGCCAACGUGUUGUCUAAACGAGACCUUGAACUUAUUCUACGCCGAAUGGGGUCCCUCCUCACCGGUAUUCACGAUACUACACAUACCAUACGGCCAAUCCACACCUCAUUCCGGGACUUCCUCCUCGACCGACACCGCGGUGGAUGUUUCUAUGUCGAUAUAACAGCCGCCGAAACUUCGCUUGCCGCUGGGACCAUGACACUCAUGCGAUCCUCGCUGCACUUCAAUAUGUGUAAUCUGCAAUCGUCGUAUACGCUCAACCAUGAACAAGGAAACUCCUCGAUCGAUUCCCCACUCGCCUACGCAUGCAGGUACUGGGCUCAGCACCUUGCGCGGUCCUCACUCAACUUGGAUAUAAUCUCGCUCGCGACAGACGUGCUACGAGAGAAGAGUUUAUUCUGGCUUGAAGCGCUGAGCCUGCUUAAUUCUGUCGAUUCAGUAUUCUCGGCGUCGGCGUUGUUACGGAUAUCAGAUGCGGUAAGCUCGUCUCGGAUGGCUUCAGCAGACAUACUGCGAUUCACUCGGGAGUUUGGCGUAGUGAUCAGGCAAUCCGCCCCUCAUAUAUACCUUUCCGCGCUUGCCUUCGCACCCUUGAAGUCACGCUUUCCGCGAUUUCAAUUCCCCGGCAUUGCCUCCGUCGUCGGCGGUGCCGACCAUGACUGGCCGCAUACCAACACGGGACACCUCAUCCGACGAUUGCUGGGCCAUACGCAUGCAGUCCUUUCUGUGGCCUUCUCCCGCGAUGGCUCCCGAAUUGUGUCAGGAUCGCAAGAUCACACUGUUCGGUUGUGGAAUCUGUCCUCUGGCGAACAGAUUGGCGACCCUUACAGAGGCCACACUGACGAUGUUCGGUGUGUGGCAUUUUCUCCCGACAACAGGCGCGUUGUGUCGGGGUCUUGGGACUGGACCAUUAGGCUAUGGGACAGCCACACUGGUCUGGCGAUCGGUGGACCCCUUGAAAGACAUACUGACCGUAUCAUGUCCAUAGCAUUCGCUUCAGACGGAUCCUGCUUUGCGUCCUUGUCAGCGGAUGAGACAGUACGCAUAUGGAACGAGCAGGAUGGAAUGAUAUAUGAUCACUCACUUGCCGAUUGGCCCAUCGGCAAAGUAUGCGCGAUCGCAUUUCUUUCGGAUGGAGAGCGCCUUGUACUCGGAUCUCGUGACGGAACUGUUCAAGUCUGGAAUGUUCGCGCGCGCAAGCCUAUAGGCGAAACCAUGCAGCUGCCAGAAUACCCCGCGGGCGUUCGUUCUAUGGUCUUCUCACCGGAUGGAACACGGUCGAUAUCAGGAUCACACAACUCCGUUGUGCACGUCUGGGAUACUCACCCCGGCUAUACAGUUCGGAGGACGUUGGAGGGGCAUUCCGUCGGAAUUCAAUCUGUGAUCUUCUCCCCUUGCGGCUCGUACAUCGUCUCCGGGUCCUCUGACAGCACUGUUCGAAUAUGGAAUGCACGCACUGGCGAGUCCGUAGGCGAACCAUUGGUCGGGCAUCGCGACCAAGUCAACGCGGUUGCUAUCUCAUCAGACGGCGCGUGCAUCGUUUCGGCAUCCGAUGACAGUACAGUGCGAUUAUGGAGACUCAACUCCUACCGCGUCGUUGACAAACAGGUCUACUCUCACAAUGCUCCCGUGUGGUGCGUUGCCUUCUCGCCCGACGGAACCCGCGUUGCAUCGGGAUCUUUGGACAAAACAAUACGCGUUUUCGAUGUUGACACCGGGCAUCUAUCCGCUGGCCCUUUUACAGGCCACAGCAGCACCAUCCGAGGCAUUUCAUUUUCCCGGGAUGGCGCACGCAUCAUCGCUUGCUUAGAGGACUCCACCAUUCGUCUAUGGAACGCCCGUUCCGGGGCCAGGAUCUCGCUGUUCAGAGGGCAUAGCGGCUCCGUUCAUGCGAUUGCAGUCUCGCAUGACGGCAUGUAUGUUGUAUCCGGCUCGGAUGAUUGCAGCGUCCGUCUCUGGGAAGCUGAUUCAGGCAAACCCAUUGGAGGCCCAUGGAGGGGUCAUGAUCAUAUGGUGACUUCUGUUGCAUUCUCACCCGACGGGACGCUCGUUGCAUCCGGAUCUACGGACUGGACGGUGCGCCUAUGGGACGUUGCCACCGGCCGCCCGGUCGGAGAACCACUCCGAGGACAUUCAGGCUUCGUGUACUCUGUGGCAUUCUCCACGGACGGGACACAUAUGAUCUCUGGCUCUGAUGACGGGAACAUCCAUAUGUGGGAUGUACGGAGCAUCCAGAUUCUGACUAGGCACAUGUUAGCACGACAUGAUUGCGCCCCCGCGAUUUCUCUAUCUCCUCGGAUUCAGCAUUCCCUCCGCGCAGCAGACCAGAUUGUCCCAUCAUUGCUUCUCAGUACCACCAGCAAAUACAGCUCAAACUCGAUCAGACUGGAGGAUGGCUGGAUACUAGGUCCUCAAGGCGAGCGUCUGUUAUGGGUUCCCGUACACCACCGCGAUAAAUUAUGGCCACUUUUCCAUGAGUUGGUAAUACCUACGAGCGUUGCAAAACGGUAUAGCACACAUGUUGAUCUCAGCAGGAUUGCUCACGGCACUCAUUGGCAGCGAUGU